GGGAACAGCAAUCCCCGGUGUCACGCUGGUUCUUUAAAGCUAAGUAUAACUGGAAGAGAAAAUGGAAAAGCAAAAGUCGGUUAAGUUGUUUGUACCACCGAGAUUAAGUAGCCAAGUGUCCGCAGUGAAACCUCAUCACUCGGGAGGAGAGUCUAAUUUCUUCAAGAAUUUCAGCAAAUGUAUUGAAGAUGAUUUUGGUUUUCCAUUUCUAAUGACCAAUCUCUCCAAAAAUGGGGAAAACAAUGAUUCAGAUUCUUCUUUACAAAAAGUUAGUUUUCUCCCUAUGCUUGAACAGGUUGAUAAUUCUGACAGUAGUCAACACCAGGAAGGACUGAAAGACUCUGAUUUUGAGAAUUCAGAACCAAUGAGCAGACUAUAUUCAAAACUGUAUAAGGAGGCUGAAAAAAUCAAAAAGUGGAAAGUAAAUGUAGAAUCUGAACUGAAACAGAAAGAAAGUAAAUUGCAAGAAAAUAGAAAGAUAAUUGAAGCCCAGAGAAAAGCCAUUCAGGAACUACAGUUUGAAAAUGAAAAAGUAAGUCUGAAAUUAGAAGAAGGAAUUCAAGAAAAUAAAGAUUUAAUAAAAGAAAAUAAUGCUACAAGGCAUUUAUGUAAUGUACUCAAAGAAACCUGUGCCAGGUCUGCAGAAAAGACAAAGAAAUAUGAAUAUGAACGGGAAGAAACUAGACAAGUUUACAUGGAUCUAAAUAAUAACAUUGAAAAAAUGAUCGUAGCUUUUGAAGAACUUCGUGUGCAAGCUGAGAAUUCCAGACUGGACAUGCAUUUUAAGUUAAAGGAAGAUCAUGAAAAAAUCCAACACCUUGAAGAGGAAUAUAAGAAGGAAGUAGAUGAUAAAGAAAAGCAGGUAUCACUGCUUUUGAGCCAAAGCAAUGAGAAGGAAAAUAAAGUGAAAGAUUUAACAUUUCUGCUAGAAGAAUCCAGAGUUAAAGUUAAUCAGUUAGAAGAAAAGACAAAAUUGCAAAAUGAAAAUUUAAAAGAAUCAAAUGAGAAGCAAGAUCGUUUGACAUCUGAACUAGAAGAUGUUAAGAUAUCUUUGCAAAGAAAUGUGAGUACUCAAAAGGCGUUAGAGGAAGAUUUACAGAUAGCAACCAAAAAAAUAUAUCAGCUCACUGGAGAAAAAGAAGCUCAGAUGGAAGAAUUUAAUAAAGCUAAAGCUGCUCAUGCAUUUGUGGUUACUGAACUUAAAAGUACCAUCAGCAACUUGAAAGAAUUAUUGACAGCAGAACAGCAAGGAUUGAAACAAAGUGAAGAUCAACUGAAAAUACUUACCAUGGAACUUGAGAAGAAAUCGAAUGAACUGGAAGAGAUGGCUAAACUUAAAGUUAACAAGGAGGUAGAACUUGAAGAAUUGAAAAAAAUACUGGUGGAAAACCAAAAUCUUUUAGAGGAAAAGAGACAGUUUGAGAAGAUUAUUGAAGAAUUAAAAGGAACAGAACAAGAACUAACUGGUCUUCUCCAAAACAGCGAGAAAAAAGUACAUGAUUUGGAAAUACAACUGACUGUCAUUGGAACAAGUGAACAACAUUAUUCAAAACAGGUUAAAGAGCUGAAAACUGAACUUGAAAAUGAGAAGCUUAAGAAUACAGAAGUAACUGCAAGUUGUGACAAACUUUCAUUGGAGAACAAAGAACUAGCACAAGAAACAAAUGAUAUGGCCCUAGAACUCCAGAAACUGCAAGAACAUAUUCAUAAUAGCAAAAAGCAAGAAGAAAGAAUGUUGAAACAAAUAGAAAAUCUGGAAGAAACAGAAACACAAUUAAGGAAUGAACUGGAAUCUGUGAGAGAAGAACUGAAACAGAAAGGAGAUGAAGUUAAAUGUAAAUUGGACAAGAGUGAAGAAAAUUGUAACAAUUUAAGGAAGCAAGUUGAAAAUAAAAGCAAACACAUUGAAGAACUUCAACAGGAGAAUAAGGCUUUGAAAAAAAAGGGUACAGCAGAAAGCAAGCAACUGAAUGUUUAUGAGAUAAAGGUCAGUAAAUUAGAGUUAGAUCUAGAAAGUGCCAAACAAAAAUUUAAAGAAAUGACUGUCAGCUAUCAAAAAGAAAUUGAGGAGAAGAAGAUAUUAGAAGAGAAUCUUUUGGGAGAGGUUGAAAAGGCAAAAGUAAUAGCUGAAGAAGCAGUAAAAUUACAAAAAGAAAUUGAUAUGCGAUGUCAGCAUAAAAUAGCUGAAAUGGUAGCACUUAUGGAAAAACAUAAGCACCAAUAUGACAAAAUCGUUGAGGAGCGAGACUCAGAAUUAGGACUUUAUAAGAGCAAAGAACAAGAACAUGCAUCAGUGAAAGCAUCUUUGGAAACUGAACUAUCUAAUCUCAAAAGUGAACUUUCAUCUAUGAAGAAACAACUUGAAAUAGAAAGAGAAGAAAAAGAGAAAAUCAAAACAGAGGCCAACAAAAAUAAGGUUACUCUCAAAGAAAAAAAAGACAAGAAAAUACAGACGUUAUUAUUGGAAACACCUGAAACUGGUUACUGGAAAUUUGAUUCUAAAGCUGCUCCUUCACAAAAUAUAUAUCAAAAUUUUACCUCAGCUGAUCAUGGCAAAAAUAAAGACAAAAGAGACUGUCAGUGGACAUCUGCCAAAAGUACUUUAUCAGCACCAUUACCAAAGGCAUUUACUGUGAAGACACCAACAAAACUAAAAAUUCAGCAAAGAGAAGACAAAAAUGUGCCUGCUGAAGAAAAUAAUAAAAAGAGAAAGAUGGUUUUUGAAUUUGACCUUAAUUCGGAUAGUUCAGAAACAACCGAUCUUCUGAGCAUGGUAUCAGAGGAAGAGACCUUGAAAAAACUGUACAAGAAUAAUAUUCCACCAACUUCUCAUCUUUCUGUCAGAACGCCAAAAAAGACCCCUUCAUCGUUAACAACCCCUGGGCCUACAUUGAAGUUUGGAACGAUGAGGAAAAUGCAGGAGGACCGUUGGGCUGCAAUUGCUAAAAUGGAUAGAAAGAAGAAACUCAAGGAAGCAGAAAAACUUUUUGUUUAA